UGAGAGGGAGGAAACUGUAUGGCGGGAAGUAGAUCAGAACGGAGUCACCUGUUGUCCUCUAAGCCACGCGUGUGUGUGUGUGACGCAACACAGUCUUUCUUUCUCAGAGUCUCAGGCUGGAAGGAGGAAUGAUAGACUGAGUCACCUUUUCUCUUCUCUUCCAAGCUGCUAGGAUACAACUGAACAAUGAGGAAUAAAGAGAAGGACGCACCAAGAGACCGAUGGCAUUUAGUAGGAUUCAUUUUCUUUAUCCUUGGCCUGGGAACAUUGCUGCCUUGGAAUUUUUUCAUGACUGCCUCAAAGUACUUCAAUAACAGGCUGAACACGUCUGAAUGGAACAAUGGUACGCUUACAGACACGAAAGAAUACUAUUUCAACAACUGGAUGACUCUGCUAUCCCAGCUGCCCCUGCUGCUCUUCACCCUGCUCAACUCCAUCCUCUACCCCCGGAUCUCCGAGAAGAUGCGGAUAGCAGGCAGCCUGGUCUUCAUGCUCAUCUUCUUCAUCCUCACCGCCAUCCUGGUGAAGGUUCCAAUGGAGCAGGACCACUUCUUCUCCAUCACCAUGGCGACCAUUUGGUUCAUAAAUUCAUUCGGAGCAGUGCUACAGGGGAGCCUGUUCGGCUUGGUAGGCUUGCUACCUCAGAAAUACAGCUCAGUGUUUAUGAGUGGACAAGGUCUCGCCGGGACGUUCGCCGCUCUCGCCAUGCUGCUCUCCAUCGCAGGUGAAACAGAUGAAGAAACUGCAGCUCUUGGCUAUUUCAUCACUCCAUGUGUGGGGACUCUGGUAACACUGAUGAGCUACCUGCUGCUGCCCAAACUGGAAUUUGCCAGAUUUUACCUCAACAAGAGGGAAGGCCAAAGCUAUGAGGUCAAUGCUUCUGGGGUGCUUCUACCUACAGAUGGACAGGAGAAUGGGGAACUGAACAGACAGGCCACUGAUUCGGUGCCCAGUGGAACUCCCAGCAGUACAGAGACUGAUGGUGCCAAGCAAGCAUUUGUUGGCCUUGAUGUCGAGCAUGCCAAGCAAGCCAAGAGCUCUGUGUUGGAAGUGUUGAAAAAGAUUCGGGUGAUGGCGUUCUGCGUAACAUUUGUGUUCACGGUCACACUCUCUGUCUUCCCCGCCGUUACAGUGGACGUGAAGACUGUUUACCCGGGAAAGUGGGAAUCUUAUUUUAUUCCUGUGUGCUGUUUCCUGCUCUUUAAUGUGAUGGACUGGACUGGGAGAUCUGUCACAUCUAUUGUGCAAUGGCCCGCAAAAGAGAGUCGGUUGUUUCCAGCCCUAGUGGUCUCCCGUGUGAUCUUCGUUCCUCUGCUGAUGUUCUGUAAUGUUCAUGAACGCCACUAUCUGCCUGUGCUCUUUUCCAACGACUGGGUCUUUGUCGUCAUCAUGACUCUCUUCUCCGUUUCCAGCGGUUAUUGCGUCUGCCUGUCUAUGUCUUAUGCACCACAGUUGGUGGAUCCUCAAGAUGGAGAGACUGCAGGAGCUCUGAUGACGUUCUUCCUGGCUCUAGGGCUUUCUCUGGGAGCAGCUCUGUCUUUCUUGCUGCGAUUGAUCAUCUAGUCUAAUCUGCACUCAACAUGAGCGGUGAUCAGACCCGAUUUCCACUGUCGCUUCCUGCUGGAUGCUUCACCUACUCCAUCUGAAAGGUGUGAUCCAUUACCAGGAAGCACUUGGGACAAAAUGGGCUAAUCACUUUUUUUUUUUCCUCCUCUCCUGGAAAAUAUUUUGGUAGAAGUAUUGAAAGAAGCAGAAAACUGGUUUUUCACCUUUUUUUUUUUUUUUUUUGAGAUUAUUCUCUGUAGUAUAUAAAUUUAUUUUCCAAAAGGGAAGUCUUGACAAUUCUAGAACAAAAGGGAACAGACAUGGAGCUUAAACUUGAAAAAUAACCUGCAGUUCUGGUUACACCAAACAUUGCCAGAGUAGUGAAAAUUGAAUGGAUUGAUGCAACAGAAAACUGCUGGCUUCUGCAGAAGAGGGUAGAUGGUGCUUUCCUCUGAUGCCCCUUUUCCACCAAAGCAGUUCCAUCGGGGCCAGUGCUUAGUUUGGAACCGGGUUUUCUGUUUCCACUGACAAAGAACUGGCUCUGGGGCCAGAAAAACCGGUUCCAGGCUAGCACCAACUCUCUGCUGGGCCAGAGGAAAGAACCGCUUACGUCAGCGGGGGGGCGGAGUUGUUAAGACCAACAACAAUAACAAGACCGCGAAAGAUCGCCAUUUUUAAGCGACGAGAAGCCGCAGCUGUACAAACGCCAAGUCAUCCAUUAUUAUUAUUGUUGCUGCUGCUGCUUCUUCCGUGUUGUUUUUGCUUCGAUAUUCACGCUGAGGUUUAUGCAAACAUAGCGACGUAAUGACGUGGCUCCCCUUAGCACCGCGAGCUAUGGAAAAGCAAACUGGUUCUCAGCUGGCUCGCAAGUUGAACGAGUUGUGAACCAGCACCAGCACUGGCCCCGAACCAGCCCUGGAACUGAUUUGGUGGAAAAGGGGUAUGAUAUCCCUUUUUGACCAACAGGGAAAGGAUUCCGUUCUGAUUCAAGCACCAAAUUUUUUAUUUCUUUUUUAAAAUUUUAUUUAUUUAUUUUUAAAAAAUAGCAUUUUGACCCCCGGCAGCACGGUGGUGUAGUGGUUAGCGCUGUCGCCUCACAGCAAGAAGGUCCGGGUUCGAGCCCCGUGGCCGGCGAGGGCCUUUCUGUGUGGAGUUUGCAUGUUUUCCCCGUGUCUACGUGGGUUUCCUCCGGGUGCUCCGGUUUCCCCCACAGUCCAAAGACAUGCAGGUUAGGUUAACUGGUGACUCUAAAUUGACC